AUGUGGCCUGGUCAAGCCAUGACACUCAAAGUCAAUCAGAUUCUACACCACGAGAAAUCAAAGUACCAAGAUGUCCUUGUCUUUGAGAGCAGCGAUCAUGGCACCGUGCUUGUGCUGGACAAUGUUAUCCAGUGCACAGAGAGAGAUGAGUUUUCGUACCAGGAAAUGAUCACACACCUCGCAAUGAAUUCCCAUCCCAACCCAAAGUCGGUGCUCGUCAUUGGAGGAGGUGACGGGGGUGUUCUUCGUGAGGUUGUGAAGCACGACACGGUCGAGUCAGCCAUAUUAUGCGACAUAGAUGAAGCGGUCAUCAGGGUCAGCAAGAAGUACCUACCGGGCAUGAGCAUAAGUUUCCAGCAUCCUAGCGUACAGACACACAUUGGAGACGGGUUCAAGUUCUUAGCAGACCGAAAGAAUGAAUUUGAUGUCAUAAUUACGGAUAGCAGUGACCCAGAGGGACCUGCAGAGACGUUGUUCCAGAAACCAUAUUUCGAGUUGCUCUUUGGGGCGCUGAAGGAAGGAGGAGUCAUCACCACACAAGGUUGUACGCACUGUCCUUCGAGUUUUACCCUUUGA